ACCUUGGGGUAUACUGAAUUUAUAGUUGUUGACAUGCUGUUGACUUGUUCUGUUGACUCAUUGUCCGCUGGUUAUGUAUCGACUACUGUUGCUGAGGUAUCUUUUUGUAUUGUUCUGCCGGGGAUGGGCCAGAUUGGGAAGGGCGGUACGAGGGUGGGACUUGGCGUUGAUGUUUUGGAACAUCAAAGAUGGACAGGGUUUUCGCGGAGGUUGCUCCUCAGAUAUCUCCACAAUUACAGAUCGGGGAUCUUCCAAAAUCGAGAAGAUUGGUGCAUAUGGCUAGGUCUCUUCAUCUUACAAUUUGUAUGGCAAUUUGGCCCGGGGUUGUGGUGUGGUAGGGGAGAACGGGGGAUAAUCCCACACAGGAGUUUCGAACAAUGUCUGGUUCAUGUUUGGCUGAAUAACUCCACCAUCACACGGGGUAUGCGGUCGGCGAUGGGGUCAAAAUGCUCGUAUGAUCGAGGGCGUUUCGAUGGAUCUAUCGGCGGGUUCUUAUUCGAAAAAUCGAGCGAGUUCGUGCUGGAGCGGUUGUCUGAGUGCAGGUGUAUAAGUAGCUGA